CGAAACGUCCCUGUUCCUCGUCAACCUCUACCAGGAAAUUGUGAAGCCUUAGCAAUCUAUCCUCUAAGAAAAGAACAAGGAACAUCUUUCAAAAUGAUGAAGCUUACUGCCGCUUUCCUCGCCGCUUUGGCGGUGGCUGAUGCCUCUGGUGUUCAUGGACGCCGACAUGCUCGCCGGCAGUAUGGAUAUGGUGGAUAUGGCGGCUCUUCUUCUGCAAGCCCUGCUGGUUUCACCAACAGCUCCGUCCCGGUCGAAGUACCAAGCAGCACCGCUCUACCUGUCGAGACAUCCUCCCCCGUUGUGAUCUCCGACCCCAGCUCGGCCUUCCCCAGCUUCACCUUCCCUGGCACUGGAACCUCCGUCUACCCAUCCAGCGCUGGUGUUGAGACCCCAGAUAGCAGUGCCCUUCCUGCUGAGACGAGCACUGGCUUCCCCACUUUCCCUGGCACUGGCAGCAUCCCAACCUUCCCUGGAACUGGAACCGGUGUCUACCCAUCCUCCGUCGGGGUUGAGUCAACUGGUCUACCAACCUUCGCCACAACCGCGGCCCCGACUUUCCCCACCACUGGAUUCUCCUUCCCAGUGACUGGUGCCGCAAACUCAACUGGUUCCCCUGACAUGGUUACCUCAGUCAUCUACUCUACCCAAAUAUUCACUGUCACAUCCUGCGCUUCGACCGUGACCAACUGCCCAGCCCGCUCAACCGUCCUCGUCACCAGCGUUGUUGCCGUUGCCACCACGGUAUGCCCUGCAACUGAGACUGGUGUUGCCCAAGGCUCUGUUGUUGAGUCAUCGGGCCUUCCCGCAGCUUCGUCUGAUGUUUCUGUUAUCGUCGCUUCUGAGACUCCGGCAUCCAUGAUCACUCACUUGAUCACCAAGACUGUUACCUACAGUGUUGGUGCUAGCUCGACUGCCCGCGAAACCACGCAAGAGAUUGUCGAGACUUCAGUUGAGACUGUUUACAAGACGAUCUACAUCACCAAGCCAGGCGGCCCGAAGGAGACUGGUCUCCCAACCAGCGUUGGCGCCGUCGACACCCCAACUGGCACCACGACUGUCUCCUCUACCUCUACUACUACCAAGUACAUCACCGUCUACCCGUCUCCUAGUGACACUUCGGUUGAGGCCGUUGGCUCAGUGGUUCCUACUGGCCCAGGCGGCGUUAUCCCCACUGGCCCAGGCGGUGUUGUUCCCACUGGCCCAGGCGGUGUUGUUCCCACCGGUCCUGCUGGCGGCGAGUGCGCUGCUCCAACUACCGUCACGGUCACCGCUCAGGAGACUGUCACUGUCACUGCUGGCGUCGUUGAGACUCCAGUCAGCUCCACCUCUGUCGUUGAGGAGGACGUCAGCACUGCUCUCCCCACCGGUACUGCUGUCCCUACUGUGCCCUACCCCAUGGGUAACAGCACUGUCAUCCUCCCUACUGGAGGCUCAACCGGCUUUGUGACCUUCACAAAGCCCAUCGGGCCAACUGGAGGCUUCUCCUUCCCCGCAUCGUCCGCUAGUGGCGUCGAUGUUCCUACUAGCGUUCCGAUCUUUUCUUUCGUUCCCUCCGAAGUGCCAUCGAGCACUGCCCUGCCUGCUGAAACGUCAGUCAUCUCCUCGGCACCCAUUGGUACUCCCACUGGUGGCUACGGUGGCUAUCGUCGCUUCCGCUUCUUCUAAGCGCCUGGCGGUUUCCGGUUGAGGGGAUUUGAGGAUUGGAUUCAGUUUCUCUUCUCGGUAUGUCUACGUUCAUGAGCCAGGGGUUCUUGCACAUACCUUUUUACGUCGGAUCUCUUGAUCCUAUUCUUUGUGUUGGGCUGCUGUU